AUGGAUCCCGCGUCAGCAAACAAAUCUGCCACGUCAGCUGGUGGGGAUGGCAGCAGCAGCAGGCAAUGGCUGCAUGAAGAGGAUUUUGGAUUCUGUGAGAGCUGGAGCACGAAUGGAUGUGGCUGGUCCUCAAUGCAUCGGUGUGACAACCACCCUUACUGUGUCAACCGGGACAUGGGUGCGGACAUGGUGAAGAGCCAGUGCACUGCUCUGGAUGAAUGGGCGAAGAUCCAGAAAGACGCCGCCGCCGCUGCUGCUGUUGCUGCAGCUGCUGCGAAGAAAGCAGACGAUUCGACUGCAGCAGUUGCCAACGCUGGUACUGCGAGCGGUAACUCCACCUCAGAGAACGGUGCUGCUGUUAUGCCAUCAAACAAUUCUACUGAAACUGUUGCUGCUGCUGCUGCUGCUGCUGCUGGUGCUGCUGGUGCGAGCGGUAACUCCACCUCAGAGAGCAGUAACCCUGUUAUGCCAUUAAACACCACGUCAGCCUCACGCCCAGGCUCAUCUCGUAGGAGUGGGAAAUGGUCGGAGAAGAGAGGAGACGCUGGAGGGGCUGAUAGUGGUAACAAGUCAGAGCAGGGAGGGGGAAAGGAAGCGGUACAGGGAGGGAAGAAUGGGGGGGAGAAGGGAGAGGGGGCGGGGGGGGAGAAGACAGCAGGGGCUGCCAGCGCGUGUGGGCUUCACGACCCGAAUGCCAACGACCUUGGCAUUGCACGUGGACAGCGCAGCCGCGCUAUUAGGGAAAGCGAUGCUGUGCUUGCGCCCAAAUAG